AUGCGUUUACGGGUAAGUACGGAACAACAAUGUGGUAUCCCCAUUUCAUUGGGUAAAAUCGUCGGGGGAGUCGAUUCGGGAGGUUAUCACUACCCCUGGUUAGCAGUACUCCUAAUCGAAAGCAAUCGUAAAACGAGACCGAUAUGUGGGGGAUCUUUAAUAACAAAUUCUUUUGUUUUAACUGCGGCUCAUUGUGUAACAACAAUGCCGAAAAUUAAUGUAAAAGCGUAUGGUAUUGCUUUGGGCGUGUACGACAUAUGCGAUAAAGAAGAGCCUACGAGAGAAGAUUUCAACGUGGCCGACAUAAUCGUCCAUGAAAAUUAUGAUAAAAGGAAAAAAUUUUUCGAUAUUGCUCUCGUGCGACUUGUCAAACCUGCACAUUUUACCACGAUCUGUCUCCCCGUACUCGGUGUGAAUGAUGAAACGGAAACGGCUCUUUUAAUAGGAUUUGGAGUCACUAAAGAAACCUCGAGUGUAAGACCCUGUCAUUUACAACAAGUUAACGUAACAAAAUAUUCAAGAAUGGAUUGUUUGAAAACAAAACUUCCAGUAUCUGAUGCCCUUGAACCAAGUAUUAUAUGUGCGGGUUCUGUAUCUGGAAAUGCUGAUUCUUGCUACGGAGAUAGUGGAGGUCCAUUACAAAUUAAAAUGUCCGAUGGAAGGUAUACGGUCGCGGGAAUAGUUUCAUUUGGUUACGGAUGUGCAGUACCCAACGUACCUGGAAUAUAUACGAACGUGGGAAGUUAUUUACAAUGGAUAAUGGAUAAAACAUCAACUGCGAAAUUUCAUGCGAACAACAGCAGUCGGAACACGCAUGAAAAUAUUUUUUUACCCAAUAUUUAUCGACCCAACAACCAUCAAAUUGUACCCAGACGGGAAAUUGAAAUAUUUUCACCACCACCACCACCACCCCAGUCCACGACUACGUCACAAAAAAAAUUUUAUAACACUCGUAAUUUUCCUAUUAAUACUAACAAGUAUAAAAUUGUUCGUUCGGAAUAUGACGUUGAAUAUAUUUUCGAACCUAUAACUGUCGGAAAGCAAACAGGUCUCACGAGUAGACAGUGUAAUAAAUGCAGUUGUGGCAUGACUCGACAUACAACUAGAAUUAUUGGGGGUUGGACGACGGAAAUAAAUGAAUAUCCAUGGAUGGCGGCAUUGGUACGAAAAAAUAAUUUUUUUUGCGGUGGUACAUUAAUUAACGAUCGAUACAUAACAACAGCUGCUCAUUGCAUUUAUAGGAAAAACAGAGACGUAGAUGUUCGUGUUAUUUUGUCUGAACAUAAUCGCGUUCUAUUAAACGAAACAGUAAAUCUCGUCAAAAGAGUUUCCAAAGCUAUAAUACAUCCAAAUUUUUCGGAUAGUACACUCGAUUGUGAUAUCGCAUUAUUAAAAUUAGAUUCACCCGUCGUAUUUAGGCAAGAGAUUAAACCCGCUUGUUUGCCUCCAUCGAAUAAAAAAUUUUACGGCGAAUGGGGUACCGUUAUUGGUUGGGGAACGACGAGAGAAGGUGGCUCACCUGCUAUCACACUCAGAGAAACGGUUCUACCCAUAAUAUCUAACCAACAAUGCAUUAAUUCGGGACAUAAAGGACCGAGAAUAUCAUCGAACAUGCUAUGUGCUGGCGGAUAUAGAGGAAGAGACUCGUGCCAGGGUGAUAGUGGAGGACCACUUUUACUAUCCACAUCAUACGGUCAAAUGUUUACAGCAGGUAUUGUUUCCUGGGGAGAAGGUUGUGGGAGGCCAAAUAAACCAGGAGUUUAUACAAGAGUUAAUAAUUUUUUAGAUUGGAUUAUUGCAAACACCUACGAUGCCUGUUACUGUUACUGA